CUGUUAAUUUGUACGUUUCCGAAAUUCCGUUACCCGGAAGUACUAUUUUAUUUUCGCUGUCGAGACGCUGAUUCCACUGUCCGGCAUCUUGUGCGCGUUUGUCAAAAGGGGUCCCUGUCUGGUUUAUGUACAACUCUGUAGUCAACAAUGUUUGCUUUAAGAUCACUAGCAUUUAAAUCGGUUCCAUUCCCAGGGAAAUCACAGUUGGUAAACUCGGGGCUUCACACCAGUGCCAGAUGGAGCGGUGCAAAAGUUGCAGUUGUGCUGUCUGGCUGUGGUGUGUAUGACGGAACAGAAAUCCAUGAAGCAUCAGCUAUCCUGGUGCACCUGAGCAGGGGCGGGGCCGAGGUGCAGAUGUACGCCCCUGACGUGUCCCAGAUGCAUGUCAUCGACCACGGGAAGGGAGUGCCAGUUGAGAACGAGUCCAGGAACGUCUUAUCAGAGUCCGCACGCAUCGCUAGGGGCAACGUCACAGAUCUCGCCAAACUCAGCGUUGGCGACCAUGACGCCAUCAUCUUCCCAGGGGGCUUUGGGGCAGCAAAAAACCUGUCGACGUUUGCCGUGGACGGUCCAGACUGCAACAUCAACACAGAUGUGGAGCGUGUCCUGAAGGACUUUCAUAAGGCAGGCAAACCUAUCGGGUUGUGCUGUAUCUCUCCUGUGUUGGCUGCCAAGCUGCUUCCUGGGGUAGAGGUGACGGUGGGGCACGAAGAGGAGAAGGGGGGCAAGUGGCCCUAUGCUGGCACUGCUGGGGCUAUUAAGGCUCUGGGAGCAAAGCACAUUGUCAAGGAGGUCACCGAGGCCCACGUAGACCAGAAGAACAAGGUGGUGACAUCACCAGCCUUCAUGUGUGAGACCCAUGUCCACCUGAUCUUCGACGGCAUCGGCGCCAUGGUAACCAACGUCCUCAAACUCAGUGGAAAGUGAAAGAGCAGAACCCACAAUAGUUUAUAAUUAAAUAUCGUACCAAAUAGCAAUGUUGUCCAACACAAAUCCACUUCACCAGUAAACUAUAUCGAGGGAGUGUGCUCGUUAUGUGGUUUUACAGCUCUCAACAAAGUAUUUGUCAAAAGCUUUAGAUUUUAUUUUGUGCCAGUAUUCAAUAGAAGUAAUUAUUUUGUAUGUUUUUGCUGGAAAUCUAGAGAAUAUUAAUUUAUUAUAAUAAUAAACUACUUUAUUCUGCUAACUAGA